AUGGCCACCUUGCACACCAGCGACGGCCGUGUCCUGCCCGUGCUUGGCGGCUUGCUGCGAGCACGCUGCCCAAAGCUCCAUGGAGACAGCGCGAAGGCCGCAUCAGAUUGUAGCGGCGAUUGCGCCCUGUUUGCCCGCAUGCUGCGGUUGGCUGAAGGUUGGGGGCUCCGGGACGCUGCGGAGCUGCAGGAUUUAUUGCUGGCGAAACGCAGCCGACGGCGGCGCAGCUCUUUGGCGGAGGACCUCCUUGCAGCCUACCGCAGCGGCCGCUUGCGCAGCGUCGUUUUCUACUGCCCCACGUUCAAAGAUGACGACGAGGAGGUGGGCCUGUGGCCACUGGAUGGCGGACUUGCCACGCUGCUGCUGGAUGCCCAGACCAAGAUGCAGCAGAAGCCGUGA